AUGGGCUGCCAACAUUGCUCGCCUGGGUAUGCCAUUCUGGACAGCGGUUGCGGCAAGACAAUUAUCGGGAGACAAACCUUGGAAGCUUUUCAGGAGAUCUGGAGAGAAGCCGGCUUUGAUGUGAAGCCGGAGGUGUUGGAGAAGAAUGUGUUCCGCUAUGGGAACGGACAUCAGGAAGUGAGCAACUCGGUGAUUGAGAUGCCUGUGUUUCUUGCCGGACGGCCCGGUCGCAUUCGAGCGGCUAUCGUCCGGGGGCAAGCCCCGUUGCUGCUGUCAAGACCGGCUCUCAAGACGCUUCAAGCCCGCGUGAAUUUUGUUGACGAUACAGUGCUUUUAUUUCCUGAGCAGGUGGCCGUUCCGAUGGAAGUCAAUUCAGCCGGACAGUAUGCCGUACGAGUGGUCGGAUUUCCACCGCAGGCGCCCGCUUUGUUCAAGCCCAGCGGUGAAGCCGCGUCCGAAGCAAAGCCAGAGCCUGUUUCGGCCAAUGUGGCCGAUGCGUUCACCACCGUUUUGGAGCAAGGCGGCGCCACUUUCAAGCUAACUGCGGCAGACGCCCAUUGGAAAAACUACGAGAUCUCAAAUCGAAGAGUGUGCCAUAUCCGUCACGAGAAGUCCAAGAGCCGGAGGCAAGACUUGUCGUCCGCCGACCGUCGAGAACUUGCCGAUCGAUUCCUGAACGGGGACCCCAUUGAACAGCUCGUGGCCUCAUACAUGAAGAAGAAGUCCUCAAAGGAAUUAGCGGUUACCGGUAACCCACCAGAGCUUCAGAAGAAGAUCGACGAGGCAAAAGCACUCGAAUGGUGCACCAUCCAGGGGAAGCACGCCGGUAGAUUGGUCCUAGGACCUGAGGCCGAUCUCGUUCGAGAGAAAUUUCCGCAUCGAAUUAUGGGUAGUCGGUUUGUAGUGACCAUCAAGCAAGAGGAAGAUGCACCACCUCGGACCAAAGCCCGCUGGUGCUUACUUGGACACCUGGACCCAGACCUGACGGACAAGGCGCAGUUAGGUGACCUGCAGAGUCCGACUGGCGAGGGGGGAAUCCCCGGCGUUCCAGACAACGCCUUGAUAGAGAUCUUGGGUCAUGUCUACGGCUUGAAUGAUUCCCCAGCUGCAUGGUAUCGCAAGCUCAGUAGUGAACUCCUCCGAGUCGGGUUUGAACGUUCUCGGUUUGACAGUUGCCUGUUCUAUUUCCGAGAAGAUGGUAGAUUGACUGGAGUCUAUGGGGUCCAUGUCGAUGACUGCGUCACGGGGGGUUCCGGGAACGGGUACCACAAAGCCAUCCAAGAACUCAAAUCCACCUUUGAAUUCCGGAAGUGGCGCAUUGGGGAAGGGGACUUUUGUGGAGCUCAAUACUCUCAAGACCCCAAAUCCUAUGAGAUCACCAUGUCACAAGCAAAGUUUGCGCAGAAGAUACGUCCUUUGCAUCUUAGUAGAGAUAGGGCUAGAAACCGUGAUGCCGUUUUGACCGAAAAAGAAAUCAGUUGUCUGAGAGCCAUCAAUGGAAGCCUCAACUGGUUGGCAAACCAGUCCAGGCCGGACUUGGCGACUCAAGUGUCAUUUUCACAGCAGGCCUUUCCACAGCCAACCGUCGGAGACGCCAUCUCGGCGAACCACGCCGUGCGUCGAGCAAAACAACAUGCCGACCAAGGGCUGAAGUUUUGUUCUAUUUCUCCUGAUGACUUAGGUCUCAUGUGCCAUUCCGAUGCAGCUUUUGGAAACGCUCGUGCGGGAGCCACCCAAGGAGGGUUCAUUGUUAGCUACACACACCAGGGAGUAAACCAAGGCUUAGACAGUUCAUGGACACCAGGCUAUUGGAAGAGUUUUCGACUUCCCAGAGUUGUUAGUUCAACCCUCAGCGCAGAAGCACAGAGCAUGUCUGUGGCUUCCAGCAUGUUAGAGUGGACGUCGCUGCUUUUGUCGGAAGCGCUCGACGGUCCUCGUUUUGCUCGGAGCCUUUGGUCAGGGAUGGGGAACAGGGUAGUCAUGUUGAUCACGGACUGUAAAUCCUUGUACGAUCAUUUGGUUUCCCAGUCAUCCCCUACAUUAGACGACCGAAGGACAGCCAUAGAUAUUGUUAUUCUAAGGGAUAGUAUUGAGAGACUCAAAGCUGUUUUGCGUUGGAUUCCCACCAAUCGUAUGCUGGCCGAUGGCCUGACCAAGGAAAGCCCCGAAGCUUUCGACCUCCUUCGUUCUUGUUUAAGGACAGCAUCCUACCAGAUCAGUCCAGAAGACCUGGUCCUUAGACGCCGAGCCGCCGAGAGAGAGAGAGAAGACAGCAAUUUGCCAAAAAGCCCUCGACUCACGGAAACACAGAGCCACACACCACCGAGAGUGUGUGAUUUUGGAGCGGCAUUCACCAGUGCCGAGUUCGAUGAGGUUGUGCGUCUGACUACCAAAGCCCGUGAACACGGGGUAUGGGACUCAGUCAUGCAGCGCGUGUUGAGCAUCGAGAACCAGAAGGCCGAAGAAACAUCCAUCAGCACCCAGACUGGAGCCAUGACGGAUGGAAGCAAACGCCUCCGCGAGAGCGUUGAAGCCAGUCCCAAAGAGAUGUUUGGUUACACCGUCUCUCCGGCAACCCCGACACCGAUGCCUUCAGGAUCAACGACGUUUGAGACGCCGUGCUUGGAAGUGCACUUGCCUCCAGGCAUUCACAGUGUGGAUCACUGGGGCCGAUCAGUCGUGAGCUUCGGAAAAUUCAAAGGACAGAAAACAUAUGAGGAGCUCGCCACCGGGACAGACGAAGGCUUGGAAGGCUAUAGAGCCUUUUGUUUUUCCCACUUUAAAUCAGGGUCCGGCCCGCUGCGUGACCUCGUUGAAUUUUUCAAGGCACGUGGCUUGAACCCUUCUGACAAGCCAUGCAUUCCCGGCACACAAUUGCCAAGAACAUUUACAAAGAAUUCUUAA